AUGUCCGCUCCAGCAGCUAACGAUGUUGUUUCUUUCAAGGACCGGGCAACGGCCGAUCAGGCCAAACCCCACAACGAUCUCCUUGUCAUCGAGCUGACGAUCCAGGACAUCGACGUAGCGAGAGUGUUGAUCGACACCGGAUGCUCGGCCAAUAUUGUCUACAAAAGCACUCUCGAAAGAGUGGAGAUCGAUCUGUGCACCGUUACGGAAAGACCCAGCCCGAUAUUCGGACUCUCGAGAAAUGCUACUAUGACUCUCGGCUCGAUCGACCUCGUUGUUAAAUCCGGGAGCGUCAUCAAAGUCACAGAAUUCUUAGUCAUCGACCGCCCAACAUCGUACAACGCGAUCGUCGGUACUCCAUGGCUGAAUUCCAUGAGAGCGAUCCCUUCGACAUUCCAUCUGUGCCUUAAGUUUCCAACCCCUCGUGGAGUCGAGAUUAUACAAGGAGACCGCAGGAUGUCGCGAGUAUGUUUUGCCGCCGAGUUAAAAAGAAAGAACUUUGCGAUCGAAACUUCCCAUAAAAAGAAAAGAAAGCUGACUCUCGAUGAGAACGCCCCGGAACAAGACUCGGAAGUCUUCUUGCAAUCUCAAAGGGCCGAAGCCCUAGAAGGGAAGCGCGAACCGACUUGCGAACCGGUAAUUUCGAUCUGCCUCGACGAAUCCUCUCCGGAACGAUGCGUCGAGAUUGGAACCAACCUCCGCGAACCACUAAAGACAGAGCUCAUCGCUUGUCUCAAAAAGAACCUCAAUGCGUUCGCUUGGGCCGCAUAA